GAGAUCUCGUUCCCCGGCUCGGAGAUCUCGCGAGACUUGUCGCAGCUGGCCCGCAGCGCCGCCGUGUGUGAGUGAGUGAGUGAGUGUGAGCGGGCGCUGAGCGUGCGCUGAGUGUGAGCACGAUGAGUAGCCGGGUGUGUCGGAGCUGCGGCUGCUCGGAGAUCGAUGUGGACGCCGCCCGGGGGGACGCGGUGUGCACGGGAUGCGGCUCGGUGCUGGAGGACAAUAUCAUCGUGUCUGAGGUCCAAUUCGUGGAGAGCGGGGGGGCGUCAGCGGCGGUGGGACAGUUCGUGUCCUCAGAGUGUACCGGUAAAACCCCAUCACUUGGCGGAGGCUUUCAUACCAAUUUGGGGAAGGAAUCUCGCGCUCAGACGCUGCAAAAUGGAAAGAGGCAGAUUCAUAACUUGGGAGUCCAGUUACAACUUAACAAACAUUGUUUGGAUACUGCCUUUAAUUUCUUCAAAAUGGCUGUCAGUAAGCAUCUCACCCGUGGUCGGAAAAUGACCCACGUCAUAGCUGCCUGUCUCUACUUGGUGUGCAGGACGGAAGGAACUCCACAUAUGUUACUUGAUCUCAGUGACCUUCUCCAGGUGAAUGUCUACGUCCUUGGAAAAACCUUCCUUCUGUUAGCGAGAGAACUCUGCAUUAACGCUCCUGCUAUAGACCCUUGUCUAUACAUCCCACGAUUUGCUCACAUGCUGGAACUUGGCGAUAAGAAUCAUGAAGUGUCCAUGACCGCUUUAAGGCUGGUUCAGAGGAUGAAGCGAGAUUGGAUGCACACAGGACGCCGGCCAUCUGGGCUGUGUGGAGCUGCACUACUGGUUGCCUCUAGAAUGCACGAUUUUCGACGCACUAUUAAAGAAGUGAUUCGUGUUGUGAAAGUCUGCGAAUCGACACUGAGAAAAAGAUUAAUAGAGUUUGAGGACACUCCUUCAAGCCAGCUGACCAUUGAUGAGUUCAUGAAGGUAGACUUGGAUAAAGAGUGUGACCCCCCUUCCUUCACUGCUGGCCAGCGGAAAGUUAGGAUGCAACAGCUUGAACAGGAGCUAGCCAAAAAACUGGAUGAUGUAGAAGGUGAAAUAACGACAUACCAGGAUGAAAUUGAGAAUGAGCUGGAGAGCAGUAGACCAAAACCUAAAGGCAUGUAUGCCUCAUAUUCUAAAGAUGAUUCCAAUGAUACCACACCUAGCUUACUUGGAGAGGACGAAGGAGAUGAUAAGGAUCUGGAGGCAGCAGCUGAACACCUAAACAAAGAUUUCUAUGAUGAACUUGCUGAAAAAGACAAAUUAAAUUUUGAAAAUUCUGUAAAACAGCACCGGCUAGAAUCUCUUCUGGGCCCUCUUCCCACCGCUGCCAGCCUGGGCAUCACAGACUCCAUUAAGGAAUGUAUAGCGAUCAAGGAGCAAGAAAACAACGACGACGCAGAAGAUGGGGAAUUGGACCUAAAUGGGAUAGAUGACAAUGAAAUAGACAGGUAUAUUCUCGACGAGAAGGAAGCCGAAAUAAAGAAAAAUCUCUGGAUGAAAGAGAAUGCAGACUACCUUCAGGAACAAAAGGCAAAGGAAGAACGCAUUGCUAAAGAAAAGGAGCUUGGUAUUUAUAAAGAACAAAAGCCAAAAAAGCCCUCCAAACGCAGGGCUCCCAUCCAAGCCAGCACUGCCGGGGAGGCAAUUGAGAAAAUGCUGGAACAGAAGAAAAUCUCCAGCAAGAUUAACUACGACGUGCUCAGAGACCUCAACAGCAAAGUAAGCAGCACUCCAAAGCAGGAAAAAAACAGCCCAGAGGACAGCAACAAACUAACCCGCAGGAGUGGGCCCAGCGCUGCCAGCAGCACAAGUAAAAGAUUAAAACCUCUGGUUUCCACUCAGCCAUCGAAAAAGGCAGCUCUGGAUCCGGGAUCUACGAAUAACCUCGAGACUCCCUCUACAGUGGUGGUGGAAAGUGGGCCUGUUGCGUACUGCAAUGAGGUUGAGCCCGAAGAGGAAGAGGACGAAGAGGAUGAAUACUGUGUGAGUGCCCUUGAGUUACUAGGAGGAAAUGAUUAUGGCUGUGAAAUGGAUGAAGAUGAUGGCUACUGAUCUCUACCACGUGGGCUUGUGACUAUGGUGUUUAAUAGUUUACUAUACGGACAUGUAUCUGUAAUGCUGCUCUAUGAUCAGCAAAACUAGACAAAGUAGCUUGAAGUUUGGACUAUAAAAAGUGUUGAAAAUCCUCCUAAUUUUGGUCAGUUGAAACAAUAUUUAUUGGGAUUGUAGUACUUGAAACUUUUUUUUAUUAUUAUUUUUACUAUUAUUUUUGGGCACAUUUUUCAAUAACUUUAUUUUUUAUGCCGUAAUCAUGCUUUGAAAUAUUUGUUAAAAUCUAUAACCUGAAUAGCAGACAGAGACAUUUUUCAUCUUACCUGAAUUCCCGUGGCUGUAAUUGAGAAUGGAUUUAUUUUGCUCCACACCUGAAGUUGUGCCUGCAACUGAGCUGUUACGUUAAUCAUCUACCUGCCCAGACUUCCGGAUGAGUUGGUUGAUGGUUUUAGCAAUUUCUUAAUAAAUUUGAAUGUAUUUCUGAAGACUGCUAAGAAAUCCCAUGGAUGAAACAAGGGGAAAAGUCAGGACCAAAUCGUAAAAGGGAGCAAGAUGAGGUUACCUUGGGGACCCAUCUGCCUAUUUUCCAGAAAAAAAUGAACCACAAGUCAUUCUUAAAAAAUGGAAACUGUCUAUAUUUAAAAAAAAAUAAAGGUCUAAUCGGACAUGAAAUGAUGUGGAGGGUUCUCCAUGACAGGAAAAAAAACAUUUUUUUUUUCUUCAUAUUUAUUUAGUUUUUGUUUUUUAUUCACUUUUUUUGUGUGCCCAAUACCUUUCUUGGUUUUUUAACGUGUGGCCAUUUUUCUGUCUCACCACAUGGAGUACCUCUUCUUUACGUCCAUGUGACCCUUAUAUUCUAUUUUGAAGUAUGCGAUGGUAUACUAGCCAUGCCUGCUUUCCAAUACAUCUCCCCUUUAUGUUGGAACGUGUCCCUUGAAUAUAUUAGCUUGGGAUUUCACGUCACUUAAUCCCAUUUGUUUUCAAGAGACUCUGUUAAAUGGAACAUGCAGAUCAAUUGACAAAUGGCCAUCUGACAUCGAAUGACUAAUAAAGAGCCAGAUCGACUGGAAAACUGAUCUGUUAUCAAGCAUCUCCUGAAACUCUCUGAAGCUUCUACCAAACCAAGCAGAACACAAGCGUUCCUUAAUUUAAUUCCAUGUAAAUACAUGAACAAUUAUGAUUUUGUCAUUGUGGUUCUUUCACUUCACGCAAGGCAGCCACUUGGAGGUGGUACAGUUUGUUGGGUUUUUUUUUCUCCUCACAUUCCUGUUGCACAAAUGCCGCAGACCAGGAAAUCUUGCAUCAAAUGUUGUGUAUAUCAGUGUAAAGUCCAUUUGUUCAUAAGAUAAAAAAAAAAAAGCUGUAAAACAUUUUUUCCCGUUGUAGUUACUCUGAA